AAAAAGAGAGUUUUGUGAGUGAGUUUUUAGUUGUUUUGAUUUUUGGAGGGGUAGUGUUUUAGAGAGAGAGAAAGAUGGGUAGUUAUAGUGAGAAGUUGAGGACCCUCUGUUUGAAUACUGGCUGGAAAUAUGCAGUCUUUUGGAAGUUCAAAUAUCGCGCCAGGAUGGUGUUGACGUGGGAGGAUGCUUACUAUGACAGCCAUCAUGAGCAACAUGACUCUUUGGCGAAUAAUUACAGCAGUAAGACACAGGAGAAGUUGCCUGAUGGCCAUUAUUCGCAUGAUCCCCUAGGGUUAGCUGUGGCAAAGAUGUCGUAUCAUGUAUAUUCUCUGGGAGAAGGGAUUGUUGGACAGGUGGCAGUUACUGGAAAGCAUCAGUGGAUCUUUGCAGAUAAGCAUGUUACAAAUUCCUGCUUAUCUUACGAGUACUGCGAUGGGUGGCAAACACAAUUUUCAGCGGGGAUCAGGACUAUCGUUGUUGUUUCUGUUGCCCCGCAUGGAGUUGUACAGCUUGGCUCUUUAAAUAAAGUCAAUGAAGAUAUGAAGCUGGUGAAUCAUAUUAGAGAUGUCUUUUUGACCCUUCAAGAUUCUUCUAUAGAGCCUAUUCCUAGUCCAAUACAAUGUAGUAUGAAGAAUUUAUUACGUCUGCAACAUAUGUCAACAAAUAGUUUGGCUUCAGAGAUGAUUCCUGAUGGCUUACAGAAUUUAGAUAAAGCCAUAGACAGAGAAAGGCCAGAUGUUUGGGUUUCCAUGUUUCCAUAUUUUGGGAAAGACAGUGAUAGUUCCUAUGCUUUUCCACCACAUGAUUUUUAUCAGGAAAAAGCAGUUGAAGUGGUCAAUAAUCAUGGGGGGCUUGAGUUAUCCACUUCAGGAGGUGAUGAAAGUGCAAAAUUUCAUUCGUCAAAGUCUAAAAUUGUCAAUUUGGAGCAUCAGAAACUAGUAGGGGUGAGAGUGGUUGAUGACAGGAAAUGUGCAGGGGAGAAUAGUGGCUGCAAAGAUGUGGGGGUGUGUUCAGAAUCCAAUGCCAAUUCAUUCUCACACAAUUCUGCUACUGAUAGUGUUAACUUAUAUGAUGUUAUAGUUCCAGCUGAUAAGGUUGGAGUUGAUUUCACGUACUUAUCUUCAGACCUCCUUGACUCAGCUGUUUGUGACAGAUUUAAGUUGGAUGGUAUAGGAUUUUAUGAAAAUGGUCUGUUGCAGAAACCUGAAUCCUUAGACAUGAAAGUCCAUAAAGAUUUGGACAAAUUGGACUUUCAAACUGAGUCAAGCCAUAUGGAUAUAUUGAACACAUCUUUGAAUUUCCCUGCUGGAUGUGAGCUCCAAGAAGUGCUUGGACCAGCUUUUCUGAAAAAGAGUGAUUAUUUUGAUUGGCAAGCUGAGAAGACUGAAGAUAGAACAGCUCUUGUGAUGCCAGAGGGGAUGAGCAGUAGCCAGUUGACAUCUGACUCUCACCCUGAUCAUCUUCUAGAAGCUGUAGUGGCCAAUGUUUGCCAAAGUGGUAGUGAUAUUAAAAGUGAGAAACCAUUCUGUAAACCAGUGCAAUCUCUGUUGACAACUGAAGUCAGUCCAGAGCCUUCUAGCCAUACUGUGCAUACUAUCACGUCAGCAGCUUAUUCAUUUGAGAAGUCCUCUCUUGUAGGGGAUGACAAACAGCACUGCUUGAGCUCAUCGGGGGUUUGUGGUGCGAUAUCUCCAACAGGUUUUUCAUCAAAUUGUCCAAGUUCAUGUAGCGAGCAGCUGGAGAGAUCAUCAGAACCAGCUAAGAACAACAAAAAAAGAGCCAGGCCUGGUGAAAAUUGUAGGCCUAGGCCCAGGGACAGACAAUUGAUCCAAGAUCGUAUUAAGGAGCUGCGGGAUUUGGUGCCCAACGGAUCAAAGUGCAGUAUUGAUUCACUGCUGGAACGCACAAUCAAGCACAUGCUCUUUCUGCAAAGCAUAACUAAGCAUGCUGACAAGCUAAAUAAAUGUGCCAAUUUGAAGUUGCAUAACAAGGAACCAGGUAUGGUAUCAUGCUCUAGUUCUGAACAUGGUUCAAGCUGGGCAGUGGAGGUGGGAGGUCAUCUGAAAGUUUGUUCAAUAAUAGUAGAGAAUCUUAACAAGAAUGGACAGAUGCUUGUAGAGAUGUUGUGUGAGGAAUGCAGCCAUUUUCUUGAGAUAGCAGAAGCCAUCAGAAGCUUGGGUCUGACAAUCUUAAAAGGUGUAACAGAAGCCCAUGGUGAGAAGACAUGGAUAUGUUUUGUAGUUGAGGGCCAGAACAACAGAAACAUACACAGAAUGGAUAUAUUGUGGUCCCUUGUUCAAAUAUUGCAACCCAAGCAAGCAAUGCAACAGUGAUGUCUGGUGACACUUGGGAGAUUUUCAUGAGGGCUUCUCUGUAAAAUAUUGUGAGUCAUAUGUGAUCUUUAAUAGGCUUCUUGAGUCUCUGGCUUUUGUUUGCAAACCCAAAACCACCACCCCCCACCCCCCGGGCCAAAAAGAAAAAAAAAAAAAAACCAAAGAGAGAGGGGAAAAAUGAAAUGCAAGGAAGAUGGGAAAAAACCCAACGAUUAUGUGAAGAUAAUUAUUGUUUCUCUACUUUAAAGUGUGUAAAGAUGCCAUUUAUUGUUUUA